AUGACCGGCUUCUACGUCUACCCGCAGGCCUCCUGCCUCUCCAGGGAGUGCUCGCCAGAGGUGAGCGUGGUGGCGCCUUCCACGUCCGUGCCCCCGCCCGCGCCCAUCGACCUCAACGCCACAACGGUGGUCGGUGGCUCGUCAUCCGGAGGCGCGAGGAAACGCGCGCGGGAGAUGCCAGCCGAUGUGCUGUCGGGCGCACGCAACCUGUUCGACGGAAUGCCGGCCGCCGGCGACGAGGACUACAUGCAGAACUUGAUCUUUGAGGGUGGUGCGCCGGCCGAUGGCUACGAUCCCAACGAGACACAAAGUCAGGACGGCCGAGGGGCGUUCACGCCGUUCACCUUUGAUCCAGAUCAGGCAGCCUUCAUGCGUGAUCAGGUCGGCAUGGACCUGGACGGCUUCCCACUCGACCAUGAGUUUUCGGACGACUACGGGCAAGAGGAAGAGGAUGAGUGCGACAUUGAAGGGGAGCCUUUGUUCGAGGACGAGCUCGCCAACCAAGCCGCCUGGGCGAAGCAGCCGAAGCGCAAGAGCAAGUGGACCAAGGCAUACACGGCGGCCAAGGACAAGCUUCUUUGCGAGUGUUGGAGAGACAUUGGGCAAGACCACAAGACGGGCGCCGAUCAAAUUCAUUGA